GGGCGGAACCACAUUUGCAUCUCGCAAUACGCGCGUGUUGCGCCAGCGCUCGGUUUCGGCUGCUCGUCUGACUUCGACAGCCGUCUCGCUCGCUGCGGCAGCCCGAAAGUUCGCAGCGAUAGCGCAUAACCGCUCCAACUCUGAGAGUGACCACACUCAGUGUGAGUCGUCGAGCGCAACGCCAUGGACGCAACGCAACGCCGCGUCUUAGUGGCCGUCCCCUCGACGACCGACGUCGUCGGCGCCGGCGGCGUCGCGCCGCGCUGGGCGAACUACGUCAACGAAUUGCGAAGGAGCGGCUGGCUCGUCGACGUGUGGACCGUCGACGCGCAAGACGAAGGCCAGCGCAUCCCGCGCGUCGUCCACCCCUUCUUCCCGCGGACACUUACCGACGCGCCGUCAUCGCUGUGGACGAUGCGGCUCUGGCGGCGGCUGCGGUCGGAGAAGAGGCCGCGCUGCGUCGUCGUGACGGAUUUAUUUAACGAUGUUAAUAUUGCGCUGCUAUGCCGGGCGGCGCGCGUGCCUUUACUGUAUUCGAUUCAUACGGACGGUUCCAAAUUACCAGGAGGGGUGCCUUCCUUAGCUUCCGCGUCCCAGGCGUGCACGGCCUAUUUAUCGGCGGCCUGCGCGACGACGUCGCCGUCCUUCGCUCGAAUUCUAGCUGAUCGCGGCGUUAUUAGAGCCGCCAAGAACGUGUGGACGUACCGGCCUCCUCAUACUUCCGACCUGCGCAUCGAUUUAACGGAGGACGAGAUCGCGGCUGAAAGGCGGCGCCUCACGGACGGUCACGGUGCCACAGUGUUGUUAUUGUACGCGGGCCGCUGGUCCGCCGAGAAGCGCAUUGGGUUGCUCGUACGAUGCGUGAGACAACUGCCCGACGUGUCGUUAUCAUUGAUAGGAGACGCCGCCGACGAGUCCAUAGCGAGGGAAAUACAACAGUGGCACGACCCCCAUAAAGGUGUGCAUGUGGUGCGGGGCAUGAGAAGACGGGGAAGGGAAUUAGCGUGCUCGUAUGCCGCGGCAGAUUUCCUGGCCUCGGCUUCUGAUUUUGAAACGUUCGGGAACACCUGCGCCGAGGCGGCGGCCGUCGGCACGCCGGCCCUGGUCCAGCGCGGGCCGGGCUUCGUCGAUCAGGUCUCGGCGAGCCCGCGCUGGUCUUCUUUAUCUGGAGAAGAUUCGAAGGAGGAAGAUAGUCCAGCGUUGUACUGUUCGGACCGGGGCGCGUUAUUGGAUUACGCCUCCAAUGAUGCUGCGGCGUUAGUUCAGACGGCGGUCAGAGCAUUGGAGCCGCUGCGGCGCGACCCCGAGCGAGUUAGGAGGGCAGCUCUCGACGCUGAAAGACAGGGUGCGACGAUUUCCGAGCUCGUCGAGACCGUCUCGUGCGACGAUGGGAGAAGGCCUUCCUAUAUACUGUUGCUGCUGGCUCUUUUCGUGGGGUGCGUGCUCCGUUUAUUUGUUGAGGUCUACGCUCUUUAUUUACGGGGUCUGUCGAACAUCGUAAAGUGCUCGUCGGGACGGUUGAUGUCGUGGCUGAGACCACCCGCGCGGCGCGUGCGCUGGGCCGGCUCGCUCGUGGGACGCGGGUGCAUUGUUUUUCGCCAGAACCUCGCAUCCAUAAGACGCUUCGACCUGGCCGAGGUCGACCCGCUGCCCAUCAACCUCGUCCCCUCCAACCCUUUCGAGGACUACGUCGAGUGCGACGUGGUUAAAUUAGAGGGCCUGCGCGAGACGGCGGCGACGCUCACGCUGCCGGCGACGUCCGCGGCGCGCUUCCGGCGGCGGCUCUCCGAGAACUCCUGACUUUGCAUACUUCUCCCUCCUCCCUAGUGACCUAAAUUUAUUGUAAAUACAAGC